AUGUCCUCAUCAGAGAGAUGUCCUCAUCAGAGACAUGUCCUCAUCGGAGAGAUGUCCUCAUCAGAGACAUGUGUUCUCAUCAGAGACAUCUGUCCUCAUCAGAGACAUGUCCUCAUCAGAGACAUCUGUCCUCAUCAGAGACAUGUCCUCAUCAGAGACAUGUCCUCAUCAGAGACAUGUGUCCUCAUCAGAGACAUGUCCUCAUCAGAGACAUGUGUCCACAUCAGAGACAUGUCCUCAUCAGAGACAUGUGUCCACAUCAGAGACAUGUGUCCUCAUCAGAGACAUGUGUCCUCAUCAGAGACAUGUGUCCUCAUCAGAGACAUGUCCUCAUCAGAGACAUGUGUCCUCAUCAGAGACAUGUCCUCAUCAGAGACAUGUGUCCUCAUCAGAGACAUGUCCUCAUCAGAGACAUCUGUCCUCAUCAGAGACAUGUGUCCUCAUCAGAGACAUGUGUUCUCAUCAGAGACAUGUCCUCAUCAGAGACAUGUGUCCUCAUAA